AUGAGUUUAAAUAAGUGUAUUGGUUAUUUGGACAAAAAUUACGCCAAACUACCCGAUAACAGAGAGAUUCAAGAUAUCCAAAAGGCCAUAGAGGAAACAGUUUCCUUGCUGCUUUUAAAUGUGGCCUCUAAUGAUCCAAGAUUCGAAAGCAAACUUGAGCCGUCAGGUAGUUUUUACGAGGGUACAAAAAUCAAGCAAGCCGAUGAGUUCGAUUUUAUGGUGUGCCUUUCCAAACUUGCGGGAAAAUGUGAUGUAGUUUAUAAGGAUAGAAAACAGCGUUACAUCUUCUUGCGUAUUCCAACUCUUGACGAGGAUGAAAUACGUAAUUCAUGGUCAGAACUUUGCGAGGAGGUACACAAUGUUGUUGAUCCUUUCGACACCGCUCCUACUGCUGAUGGCCACACCUUUCUUUGUUUGGACGGUAGCAUGCUGAAGCAGAGGUUUUUUUCCUUGCUAAGAGAGGCAUUUAAAUCGAUAACCUGGCCUUCAAAUAUAAAGUUGCUUUCUUCCACUGGUCUUACCUUUGAUCGGUUGAAAUUAAGAGGAGCCAUGCAAAUUGCAGCUUCAGAAAAAGUAGAUCUUUUGUGGAAAGAUCAUUUUAAGGUGUCUGUAGAUUUAUGUGUGGCUGUAGAAUGCAAAGGAUGGCCUUUGCUGUCUGGAAUGUUUGACAGUUUAAUUGAUGAAGGUCAUCCAGCCCUCUUGAUCAAAAAUAAAAUUAAGAGCUCAGGCUUUCAUGCAGUUACAAAGGUUGGAACUAUUUGGCGAAUUUCUUGGUCCAGAGCCGAGAUAACUAUGCUGAAAUAUAUUUUCAGUGAAAAUGAAAAAGCUGCUGUGGUUUAUCGUGUGGCAAAACUGAUUAAUGAAACUCAUUUUGUCGAAGCUUGUGAACACACAUCUAUUUCUGCUAGUAUAAGCAUUUGUGACACUUUUUCUCUGAAGCAUUUACUCAUGUGUUACUUCAUGUCCAAUUUCUUAUGCUGUGAAAAAGACUGUGGUGAAAUGCUCUUGGAUCUUCUUCAUCUUCUACUGGAUGGUCUUACCACUGGAAACUGCCCCCUUUUGUUUCUUAAUGAUGCUAGUAGCUUAAAAAGUGGACCAUUACUUCAAAGUAAAGCAGUGGCAUUAAAACAGUGUAUAAACAAUCUGCUCAGUAUGCAAGUAGCAGACAUUUCUCAAGUAUCAAAGAUAAGCAACAAUUUCUUUAGUGGGAGAAUACGUGUGGUAGUGCCCAGUCCCCCAAGAAAGAUCAGGAGUUAUAAAAUAACCAAGAUACCCUAAAUGUAAAAUGAUAAUGAUUACAGGGAUUAAAAAUCUCCAUGCAAGUAAAUUUAUUUUGUUUUUGCUUUUUACUCUUUCAUCAACCUAAUCAACCCCAAAUGUUCCCACUUACAGUGUUUGUUCUUUGAGAUAUGUUACUGAAAGCAUAGUCUGGUCAUAUUUGGAAUCUUUACUUUAUAUCAGCUUUUAAUUUCUGUGGUCUUUUUUAAUCCUUUAAGUUCUAUUAAGUUAAUUUUCUUGAUGUCAUGAAUUUCUAAAGCAAAGACUUCAAAUCUGACUAGGGAAGAUGUGGAAUCUACUCAUCAUUAGAAGUAGCUGAUGUCAGGGAUUUAAACCUCUGGAUAUCAAUAUACUGGUUACUUGCUGUUGCCCUGCAUCCUGCAUUCUUUGAGAUGGGAACACUCUGGAGGAUCAUCUGGACUCUCCAGGGUUCAUGUUUAUCAUCAUCCACUUAACAGUAUGCACUGAAUGGUUGGCAGAAGUCCAAAUGGUGUGGGUUGAUUUCAAAAUUUUAUUGUCAAUGAUUGUCUGUAUAAAGUGUUUGCACUUUGUACACGUAACAAUGGACCAUGUUUUUAAUGGGAAGUGGGGUUCCCAUUUUUGGUCCCAUUUCUCUGUUAUUCCCCCAAUUACACAUAAAGAAACUUGUUCCUAGACCUGAACAUUAUGUUUUUUAUUCUUUCUAUUAAAUCUUAGCCUAGACCUCUAGAUGAGGAAUGGGGUGCCUCUUUCUUUGGUACUAUAUACAAGUUAUUGUCCUUAUUCCUGACAAAGGAGCCCACUCCAGACUAGCACACUGAUUAUCUUUCUGUUUUCCUUUCAUUUAUUUUCUUUCAAUAGCUGAAAUGACUGGAUAAAUAUCGAUUCUUCACGUACACAGAGAAAAGUAAUGAAAUCUUGAAAAGCACGGACGAUCUCAAAAAGAACAAACUUGGGGUUGAUUUACCGUUAAGUAGUAAUGUGUUAUAUGUGAUUUUCAAAUUUUCAACUUUAUUAGUAUUCCACAGAUUGCCAAGAUUUAAUAAGCCUGGUUUACUACCUUUUAGACAGCUGUUAAAACAAAUGACGCAACAACAAUUUCGGGAGGAGGAGUUGAAUUAUUUUAAAUUUUCGACCAUUGUUUUGGAGAGGUUCCCAAAAGCCUUACAUCAGACAUUGAAGACUAUGUGGGACAACAACUUAACACAUCUUCACAGUCAUCAUCUGUGGGAUGACUCCACUGCAGUGAGAAAUUUCUUUCUCGCUUUAGAGGGUGGAAAAAUCAAAGUUCCCACACACCUCUCCUAAGAAAAAUGGGAUUGUGCCACCCUGUUCCAGGCCCGAGCGGAAACACUGCUGAAACGUUGGCAUUAGCUGUUGAUCAAUUGCGUCUUUUAAAAAAUUCGCUUAUUCACUCGCUGUCUCCUGAAAUUGUGAAAGUCACUUUUGAUCAGUAGGUGCAGCACGCUACAGAAGCAUUUAGAGCUCUUAGUGUCAACCCUCUUUAUAUCGUUGGUGAUUUAACAGGGUCAGAAUUUCCCACAAAUGAAGUUCGUAGACUAGAACAACGUAUCAAAGGGGAAAAUCAAACUCAGAUAAAUUCCCUACAAAAGCCGCCGGAGAGCAUUUACUCAGAUGUGAACGCUUUGAAACAAAAAAGGGACGUUAGAUCAACAAAACACGACACGGUCAAGAUUCUAGAACCAAUUAUCGAAAAUUUGAAGCAUACGCCAGCCCAGGACAAGCCAGGUAAACGUGUAUUCAGCUUGGACGGCAAAUGUUGGAUGUUUUUGGUUCUGGUACAAAAAAUGUUUCCAUGUGCAGACGGUGGUUGAAAUAACGGGUUUGUAUUGCUGUAAAAAAUGGAAAAAGCGGUAGGUUCGAGGAAAACUCUGCUUCCUUACGGAAGAUAUCCUCCUCUCAGCAAACUGUGAACUAUAGCAAAUACGCAGACGCCUACAUAUACUUCCUUCAAAAUAGACAGUAUCGCAGGCAAUCUUGACUGCAAAGCCUAAUUUUCUAACUUCCUUUUCACCGUAUCGUAAAAUAGGUGGUGGUUUGUCAUCGAGGUAAAGAACUCUUUCAAAAAAGAAAUAUCAUCGUUUUUCUCACGAUGCGGUCAAUUGGGAUGUGGAUUGCAACGUUUCGACUACAUACUACUAGUGCUCUUCAGGCAAUGUUUCCACUCACAAAAUUAACAAUACUUUAAAAUUUUGUUUCUGAGUUGCUUAUGUUAACAGUGUGUUUAAAUUUAAGGUUAUCGGCUCGAAUCAUCAUCGUGAAAUUAGAUUUGCUCACUUCUAAAAUGUAAAUGUGUUUCGAUAGUGUUAAGAUACUUUUGAACUCUCUGUUAAUUAGGUAGUGUCUUACAUUUUCCUUGUUGUUAGCUCUAUGAAACGUAACUUUUUCGCAAUUUUUUGGCAACUGUUACAGAGGUCGUUCCUUCAGAGAUUCUUGCAAGGGGACGUAUGGCUAUAAGGGCCUUGAACAAGGCUCUUGCUGGAGGGAAGACUCAAAACAAAAGGGUUCCGAUCAUGUUGAUUCGACAAGACCGCUCUGGAAAGACCAGCUUAAAAACAUCACUUACGGGCCAAAAUUUCAAUCCACUUGAGGACAGCAUUGUUGGGAUAGAUGCUGAUCCUUCCCAUUUUUAA